GAGCGUCACUCACUUUUUCUUCUCCCAGCCACCAGGAGCCCCUCACACUGUCCUGGCCCGACGCAAACCGCAGGACGCUUCUUGCUUUUUGGGGCAAAAUUUGUAAAAAAUAAAAAAAUAAUAAUAUUUUCUUGUGAAAAUUGACAAUUUUUCCCGGGAAGUGGAGCUUCCAGGCGCUGCUGAUCCGUCCGCCAAGGCUCGCCUCAUGGAUUUGUACCUGCUUGGAUAUUUGAUGUGUGUGUGGCUGUGCGGCUCGCGGGUGCUCGGAGGCUAUCCCAUCUGGUGGUCCCUGGCCCUGGGGCAGCAGUACUCGUCUCUGGGCUCCCAACCCAUCCUGUGCGGCUCCAUCCCGGGCCUGGUGCCCAAGCAGCUGCGCUUCUGCCGCAACUACAUUGAGAUCAUGCCCAGCGUGGCCGAGGGUGUCAAGCUGGGGAUCCAGGAGUGCCAGCACCAGUUCCGGGGGCGCCGAUGGAACUGCACAACCAUCAAAGACAACCUGGCCAUCUUUGGCCCGGUGCUGGAUAAAGCAACCAGAGAGUCGGCGUUUGUCCACGCCAUCGCUUCAGCCGGCGUCGCCUUCGCCGUCACGCGCUCCUGCGCCGAGGGGACGUCCACCAUGUGCGGCUGUGACUCCCACCACAAGGGACCCCCGGGGGAGGGAUGGAAAUGGGGCGGCUGCAGCGAGGACGCCGAAUUCGGCGUGCUGGUGUCCAGGGAGUUUGCCGACGCCCGGGAGAACCGACCGGACGCCCGCUCGGCCAUGAACCGGCACAACAACGAAGCGGGACGCACGACUAUCCUGGACCACAUGCACCUGCGCUGCAAAUGUCACGGCCUGUCCGGCAGCUGCGAGGUGAAGACCUGCUGGUGGGCCCAGCCCGACUUCCGCAUGCUGGGCGACUACCUGAAAGACAAGUAUGACAGCGCCUCCGAGAUGGUGGUGGAGAAGCACAGGGAGUCUCGCGGCUGGGUGGAGACCCUGCGAGUCAAGUACGCCUUCUUCAAGCACCCCACCGAGCGAGACCUGGUCUACUACGAGGGCUCGCCCAACUUCUGCGAGCCCAACCAAGAGACGGGCUCCUUCGGGACGCGGGACCGCGCCUGCAACGUGUCGUCGCACGGCAUCGAGGGCUGCGACCUGCUGUGCUGCGGCCGCGGACACAACACCCGGACUGAGAAGCGCAAGGAGAAGUGUCACUGCAUCUUCCACUGGUGCUGCUACGUCAGCUGUCAGGAGUGCGUACGCGUCUACGACGUGCACACGUGCAAGUGAGGGGGGAGGGGCGCUCGGACACGCCGGACUACGAGGGCCGCCCCGAUCCCUCACACGGCGUCCCCUCGAAGCGCACACUUCCCCUCCCACUCUCAUCCAUCUGACCUGGCCUGCUCCCACCUGGUGGAUGCUUCACCCCUGGCCCACCACUCACACCCCCGCAGCACUGACCCUCCCCUAGCUUCCCCUCCCCCAUGUCUUUAUUUAUUUCCCCCCUCUGCCAACCAGAUGUACAGUUUCACUUUCAUGCAGUCAAACCUCCACGCAAAGACUAUUUGUUUUGCUUGAAAUGCAUCUAACGUCCACUUUCCCAGCCAGCCAGGCUGGGUUUGGGGGUUCUUUUCAAACUAAACCAACCUCUAAAGGUGACUUGAGUGGGCGGGUGUCUAACUACUGAAUGGGACUGAGAGCAGCAGUGGGUCGCUGUCGGUCUUCAAACUACUGAGCUGAUGAGACGCUAGCGCAGCAACGCCACGGCCCCGCAUUGCUGACAUAUCCCCACUGGGCCAGGACUGCACAGGUAUGCAGGAGGCGGCAUGUGUGCGAACAGGCAAGCUCAUUCCGCGCGCUAACAACGGCACAUUUCAGCCAAACCUCGCUACACUUCACUCUGGGAAGAAUUGGAACAGGAUUGAUUUUUUUCCUCCCCCCUCCCCUCAUCUAACUGCUUGCUCGCUGCCACGCUAGCGUAGCGGUGCUGUGACACGAGCAACCACAGGGUCUGACUCAAGUCAAGCUUCAGCAUGCUUGGAGCUUAGAAAAUAUACUUAGGAACACGCAUCAGGUCCAAAUCACAGGGUUUACUUUCUAAAGGAGGAACUCCACUUCCUCAAAGGACAUCGUAACACAGGGGUGUCCAAAGUGCGGCCCGGGGGCAGUUUGUGGCACACAGCUGUUUUUUAUUCUAACAAUAACAUUUUACAAGGAAAAUUAAACCCUGAAAAAAUCUGCAGUAAUUUUCCAACAAUAAAGACAAAAGUUGUAACCUCCAAGAAAACCCCCCCGAUUUUACGAGAAUAAUGUUGUAAUAUUAUGAGUUAAAAAUAAUGCCAUUUUAGUAGCAUAAAGUUGAAAUGUUAAAGAUAAAAGAUGUUUUGUUUUGUUUUUUUAAGUCGUAACCGUAUGAAAAACAAACACAAAAUUUGUAAGGUUGUCAUUUUUUGAAAAUUAUGUUUUGGAAAAAGUUACAAAAUGACAAGAAUAAAGUCAAAAUAUUACGAGAAUAAAGUCAUAAUUAUGAAAAGAAAAUUUACAAGAAGAUUGUUGAAAAGAAAGACAACGGCAGAAAUGGGGGAAAAACAGUUGUAAUUUUACGAGAAUAAAGUAAAAAUAUUAAGACAAAAAAGUUGUAUUCUAACAAGAAAAAAGUCUCAGUUUUACGAGAAUAUUGUCGGAAUAUUAUGAGGAAAAAUAAUGUUGAAAUAUGAAUUUAAAAAAAGUUGUUUUUUUUUUAAGUUAUAAUAUUAUGAGAAACAACAUUUUUUGAAAAUUAGGUUGCAUAAAAACACUAUAGUAUUAUGGGAAUAAAGUACCAAAUUAUGGUAAUAUAGUGAUACUGACGAGAAGAACAUUUACAAGAAGAAAGCAGUUUCAAAAAAAAAAAAAACAGGAGAAACUGAAUAAAAACUAGCUGUAAUUUUAUGAGAAUAAAGCCCAAAUAUGAUGAGAAAAAAAUCAUAAUCUAAUGAGAACAACAUAAGGUGAAGAAAAAUCAUGUCAUUUUAGUAGCAUAAAGUUGAAAUAUCAAAGAAAAAAACAUGAUUAUAUAGGAAAAACAAAGAAAACAACAAAUACAGGACAGAAAAUCAGUUGGCAGAAAAAAGUUAUAAUGUUACAAGAAUAAAGUCAAAAUAUUAUGGGUCAUAAGUCGUAAUUACGAGAACAUUUACAAGAAGAAAGUUGAAAUAGUUGGAAAAAAACAGCUGUCAUUUUACGAGAAUAAAGUCCAAAUAUUAAGAGAAUAACAUUCAUAUUCAAACGAGGGAAAACAAGUCGCAAAUUUAAAAAAACUCGGAAUAUUAUGAGAAAAAAAAAUGCCAUUUUAGUAGUGUAGUGUUGAAAUAUGAAAGAAAAAAGACAUGUUAACAAAACAAGAAAGUUGAAAUUUUUGUAAAAUUAGAUUGGGACUAAAAAAUUAUGACAUUAUGGGAAUAAAAUCCAAAGGUUAAGGGAAUAAAAUCAUAAAAUUACAAGAAGAAAAUUGGCAAAGAUUAUUUAAGGAGAAAGUUCACUAACAGCAAAAAUGGGGGAAAAAAAGAGCAAAGAGUGAAGUUGACAUUAAUAAUAGACUUUUCCAGCGAUAUGACAAAGCUGAGAUGACCUUCUUAUGUAUCUUUACAAAAUAUCUAAGUUGCACGCUUUGGACACCCCUGCUUUAAGGUUAAGAUGACCAUUUUUGAGUUGCUCUGCUGCAGAGUGAAACGUGUAUGAAAUUAGCUAGUCGGCUAAUGUUACGUGUGUCGCUAAACUGUACAGGAAGUGACCGGCCUGAAAACUAACUCAUCACGUUUUCUCGAGCGGCCGAUGCGGCGAAGCUCGUCUGGAGCUAAAGAACAUUUCGCCUAACCUUUGCGCCGAUACGCGCAGCCCUCCUUGAUGCACUAUCGCCCCCACCAGGAUCAAAGCGGUAUUACAGCCCCGACGACGCGCAUCGACGAUAGCGUGAUAGGGUCUUCCUGUUCCUGCCCCCCCCCCCUUCCCGCCCGCUACAUCCAAAGUGUUGUACAAAUGUUGGAAAGCGAAUAAUGCCCUUUUGAUUUUAUAAUCGUAAAUGUUAUGUUUUUAUAAAUAUUAUUUAUUAUACAAUGUAUAUAUCUGUAUGACUGAACUAAGAUUAUAUAUUUGAACAACAAAGCUGCCUUUUGGUGUUUUUGGGAGUCCAAACAAAGCGCACACACACAGCAUCACAUCAGCGUGUGGGGCCGUCUUUCAUUUAUUCACCAAAAGCUAAAGAACAUGUUAAGACAUUGAGGUCCGUGGAAUGAUGCA